AUGGCCAACAACGUGGAGGAAGCGAAAACUGGAGCGUCAUUUAGUUCUAUUGAUUACGUUCAGCUCGUUAUUUACCCCGUAAUUCUUCUGUUUGGAUCAAUCGGCAACAUUCUUGUAAUGCUCGUAAUAUGGAACAAGAAAAGACAUCGAAAAAUCAACGACUAUUUCAUUCUCAAUCUGGCGAUUGGUGACUUUUGGAUGGUCACGAUUAGCACCUCCGUGGAUUUCUAUUUAAAGUUCCGUGAAUUUCCAUUCGGUGACUUGCUCUGCAAAGGAGUCUGGCCACUAAUGACAAUGUGCUUAUUCGCAAGCGUGUUCACGCUAACAUGCAUGGCGAUAGAACGCUGGCACACCAUCGUGAAACCGCUGGCUCCAAGGCUCACAGUCACCAAAGUUCUAUGGGUCCUACUUUUUACCUGGAUCGCAGGACUUGGGUGUGUCUCGCCUCUGACGGUAGUUGCCCACCAGAGAGGACGCAGUUGCACAGAAACCUGGCCUAGUUUCGCUAUGCGACAAGCGUAUACAGUUGCAGUUGUUUCGUUACAAUAUGCCCUCCCCCUGUUUAUUAUAACAAUCGCUUACGCGAGAAUCGGUAUUUUCUUAAAGCGCCGCACCAGGCUAAAAAUUUCAGACUCCAGCAAGCGCUCGGCUGCAGUGCUUCGUAGACAAGCAAACAACGCUAAAAUCAACAAGAACCUGCGCACAAUCGUGACCCUAUUUGCCAUUUUUAUGUUGCCCAAACAAGUGUUGUGGCUCUGGUUAGACUUCGGCAAAGGCGGAGAUUUUGAGCACUUUGGUGACGCCCUGAUUUUCAGUGAGUUUAUGCUGUAUAUUCACAGUUCUACCAAUCCAGUUGUGUACGGUACUAUUUUGCAAGAAUAUCGUUCAGGGAUUUGCCAUUACCUGAAGCGCAUAUUUCCUUUUUUGAGAUCCAGUUGUACCAAUAGCAUUCAAGUUCAUCCCGAGCUUAAAUUGGAGAGUAAUAAUAACAGUAAUUCCAUGACUCUGACAAACCGAAAGUUAUUCCACCAACCAGAGAGCGUAAAGGAGAUCGCCUGA